UUGGAAAUAUACCGUACGAACUUACCGAAGAGCAGUUAACAGAGGUAUUCAAAGAAGUUGGACCAGUCGUAUCUUUUCGCCUUGUAUUUGAUCGAGACAGCGGAAGGCCUAGAGGAUAUGGUUUUUGCGAAUAUCACGAUGCCGAAACAGCUGCAAGUGCAGUGCGCAACCUCAAUAAUGUAGAGGUUGGUGGAAGACAGUUAAGAGUUGAUUAUGCUGACGGGGAUCCCGCAAAUGCACCUUCGAUUCCACCGCCUGAAAGAUCUAACGUAGAAAGACCACCACCACCUUCUCAGCAACCACCACAAUCAAUUGUUCCGCAAAAUACACCGCAGCAAUCUGCAAUCGAAAGUAUUUCACAAACAGUUCAGCACUCAAUGACUCAGGCUCAACUUCUUGAAAUUUUGUCCACAAUGAAGUUGCUCAUCCAAACACAUCAAGAUCAAGCUCGAUUACUAUUAGCCCAAAAUCCUCAACUUUCAUAUGCAUUAUUUCAAGCACUGCUACAACAGAAUUUAGUCGAUCCAGCAAUACUACCGCGUGUACUACUGCAUAGCAAUCCUCAAGCACAAUCUCAACCUAAUCCUGUACAAAAUCCACCCUCACUCGUUCCUCCGCCAAAUUAUGUUCCGCCUAACGUGCCUAAUGCGGCCGCAGUGCCACCGCAACUUCAACCUGCUAU